AUGGCAGACGAUAUUUCGACGUGGGACGCUACAAGCGUCAUAGCUCAAGCAAAAGCGAUGAUCCAUUCCAGUAACUAUGAAAAAGUAACAGAUGCACGUAAAAGUGUAGAUGAUAUUUUGGCCAAUUGGGUGGCAGCAGUUGAGGAACAGAGUGACCCGAAGAGUGCCGCAAGAGGUAGUAUCGCUAUUGUGGCGCUCUGGCGUCAAUACGCAGCGCUAGAGAUGGAGCUUCGACAGUUUAAACAGGCUACAAAAGUCUUUGAAAAAGCUGUUAAUUGCCGUGUUGCAGGAUCCAGCACGGCUUUGUGGCUACAGUACGCAGACUUUUGCGUGCAAAGAAAGAAGUUUUCGAAUGCACGAAAAAUCUUUGUUCGAGCCUUGCAUACGCUGCCAGAACGGGAGCAAACGGCAGUGUGGGCGAGAUUCUAUGGAUUUGUGUGCACCCAUGUAGACAACAAGCUGUCUUUAGCUAUGCUACAGCAUCAGGUCAUGCCGGACAAGUACCCACAGCCAGGGACGACACCUGCUACAAUACCUAUUGCAGCACUUCCUGUUUCUUCUACUAGUGCUACUGUUUCUGUAGCUCCUGUUGCAGCUUCUACGUCGCUCAGUGCCUCGUCAGAUGCGCUGACAACGAUUCCGAGCACUUUGCAACCUCAACAGCCGCAGCCGGCACAUGUCACGAGCAGUGAAAAUAACGCUGUGUCGCUUGUAGACCCCGUGGUAGCUUUUAUUGACAAAACUGGAGAAGUUAGCUCGACUCCUACACCAAUGCCUUCUCCUCUUGCUGUGGAGAGUGUAGGUUGCACAGUAGAUCGUGGUGAUGCAGAGAAACGAGGACCGCCGGACCCACCACUUGCCGGCGAUGCGAAGCGCGCCAAGCAAGAUGUAGCAGUGCUCGAUCCGACGGUAACCGCUACUGCAUCAACUGGGGAGCCGGUAGCGUACUUCAUGCACAUUCCUAUGACGCUACCGUUUACUCCCAGUUGCCCCCAGUUGCUGUUUGAUAGCAUGGCAGAUGGCGAGACGCAGAAGCAGAUUGAGAAUGAACUUUUGGAGCGUUUGUCCGAUGUGUUGGGUGACAGUGCUGUAUUUGAGAGUGUUCGCGGUUUGCACGACAACCAGCGGACUCGCGACAGGGAGAUGUUGUAUCGCUGGCAGGAGCUUAUCGGUAUGCAAAUGAAGGAAGGAUCCGAGCUGUUUGCCCGUCACGUAGCAUUGGAGAUGCAGCACGGAUUUUCCGAUCCGCGCGGGCUCAUCGCGCUCAAGACUCAGCACCUGGAACAGCGCCGCGAAUUUUCCAGUCGCUGUCUGAUGUCCCAGCAGCAGUUUAUUGAGAUUUGUUCUAUGGACCGCGCUAGUGCUCUUAAGGUACAGCAGACUUCGCUCGAGAGCAUGAAGAUACCGGAAGUGUCGGUGACCACGGAUCCCGAGAGUAUUAAUUUACAGCGUGCGAUUGUAGGUUUGAUACUAGAAGCCGAGAAACUGUGGCCCGACCUCCGAUGCGGCAAAGACGAGACAGCCAAGACUCUACUACCUCAAGUCACUCUACUGCACGAAGUUCUAGUGGGGGGCGGUGGUUUUCGUAGCAGUGGGAAUGGUCGACAGGACCUACGCGGAUCCCGCAAUUGGGGAGGCAAUGGGAAUAAUCGCCGCCGAGAUCGUGACCCGCGCGGUGGUCGAGGUCGCUCGAAUAAGUGGGACAUCCAGCCUCCGCAAUCUGGCCCUCCGGUUGCUGCUGCUCCUCCACAACAACGCUCACAUUACGAUUAUUCUGUGCAACACGGUGCGCCUAAUGCACAGGAACAGCAGCAGAUGCCACUAUAUGAUCGCGGGCCGCAACGAAUGCAGGUGCCUCUGCAACAGCAGCAGCCCCACCAGUUCCAGCCGCAGCAACCGUAUGGUGCACCGAAUGCCCCGCUUUAUGAUAAGUAUGGAGGUCAGCAGCAGGGCUCCAUGCCGGAGCAGCAGGGUUACUCACAGCCUUCAGGCGCUUACUUUUCCGGGCCGCAAGAUGGUCCGUGUCGUCCUAGAGACGGCGAUUGCUUCGUAGGACAAGAAGGCUCAUCUAGAGAUGGCCCUGCAAGUGGCGGCUGGCCGCAGCAGCAACAGCAUCCAUUCCACCAGCCGCCAAUGCGGCAACACUCAGGCCCUUCCGCCGAUGGAGAAGACUUUAGGCCUCCAUUUGAUCCUUCACUUUCGCGAUAUGGAGCAGGCACAGGACCUGGCGCAGCUUCGGUUGUUAAUCUACCACUUCAUCAGCAGUCGCCUUAUCAUCAUCAGCUACCGCAGCAGCAACCUUUGCGUCACAAUACUUACUCUGCAUAUCCGCACGAUCAGUACGGGCCACCCCAAGGCGAGUUUCAGCAGCAUGGAGGCAUUAGACCUAUGGAAAAUUACGGCUCCGCGCAGCAGCAACCACCGCAAGAGAUGAUGCAGCGUCAGCAGCCACCGCAACGUUACCAGGCGGAUCACUUGCUGCCUGCAGCUGCACCUGGUAUGAGCAACCGUCGCAAUCGACGUGGUGGUCGAUACCGUCGGUGA